GCCCAUAUUUUCCCACUUGUCACUUCUCUAAACCUUGCAUAAGUGACCAAGAAAUAUAAGCUUCACACUCAUUUAGGGUAGUACAACUACUACCAUUCACACUAUUACUAUUAUCAUUGUUUUGCCACAAACUUUUUGUAAUAAAUUAAAAAUGUGUUUGAUUUUGUGGUGAAAUUUGGUUCACAACUUCAUUUUUUGCAUAUGUUUUGGGUCCUACAAUACUUUUCUUAUUUUAUGAUUAAAUGGGUCUUUAUAAGAUAGACCAAGUUUGCAUUUUUUUUCAUUACUCUCAAUCUGUUUUUACUGGCUAGUGGCGAAAACCCACAGGCCAGAAGUACUGGAGUUAAUUUGCCUAUUUCUUUACACUUUGUUAAUUUUCUUGUUUACCUUUUUGGGUUGAUUGUGAUUUGUGAGAGUUAGGGUUGUAUAAAAAGAGAAAGUUUGAAAAUUUUCUCCAAAAUAUUAAAGUUUUUUCUGUUCAGUUUCUUACACAUUGAUUAUAUUAUUGGUUUAGAUCUUUGAAGUAGUAGGUAGUUGUGAAGGAAGAAAAGAUGAGUUUUGGAGGAGUUGGAGCAAGUCCUGGAAAUGUGGCAGUUUACCAUGGAAGCUGCACUGCUAAAGUUGUUGAAAAGAGGGUGAAAAUGGCAGAAUUGGUGUUAAGGGUUUUGAUAUUUGGGCUUGGUAUUCUUGCAGCUGCUCUCAUUGGUUUUGAUACCGAGGUUAAGGUCAUCUUCUCCAUUACAAAGAAGGCUAAAUUCACUGAUAUGAAAGCACUUGUGUUCUUGGUGAUAGCUAAUGGGAUAGCUGCAGCAUAUUCUUUGAUGCAAACAGUGAGAUGUGUUGUAGGAAUGAUCAAAGGAAGUGUUCUCUUUAGCAAACCUCUAGCUUGGGCCAUCUUCUCCGUUGAUCAGGUGAUGGCUUACCUAACUCUUGCAGCAGUUGCGGCAGCAAUACAGUCAUCUGUGCUUGGAAAGUUCGGACAAGCAGAAUUGCAAUGGAUGGAGACAUGUGGGUUAUACGGAAAGUUCUGUAACCAAGUAGCGGAAGGAAUUGCAAGUUCGUUAGCGGUUAGUCUCUGCGCUAUUGCUCUCUCCUGCGUCUCAGCUUAUAGCCUUUUCCGAUUGUAUGGAGGGAACAAAGGGAAGAAUCACAUAAGGUGGUAGACUACUAGAUUAGUAAUGUGCAUACAUACAUAAAUAUAUAUAUAACGAAAAUGGCUUCUUUUGCUGUCAUAUAAAGCCUUUGUAUCAAUGACUUGAAAGCAUUUUCUGGUAUGAAAAUGUCAUCCUCUGUUGUAGUUCGAAAGUAAUUUAGGAUUUUGUUGUGGCAAACUUUAAGCUUCUUUGUGUAAUUACUCGUUUUGUGGGUUUGAUGUGAGAGUUCAUCAGAUUGCUUGGCUAAUUACAUGAAACUCUAAAAAGGUUUCAAAGCUUCGAGUUGGCGCAUUAGAAAUUGUUCGCCAGACAUUGAUUUAAUUGGACAUGAAAAUAGAAGGCUAGUUGAGUUAGGGCUCCUCCCCAUUACUUAUGUUAGCGGGCCUUGAAAUUUGCUACAACAAUUACAUAAUCUGAAAG